AUGAGCGCAAAUGAAACCAGUUCCUCCAUUGAAACGUCCAAGACGUCAGAAAAAAUAAAGAGGCCGUUAAACGCUUUCAUUCUCUGGUCUAAGAAGAGAAGACGGGUCAUCGCAAAUGAAAACCCACAAAUGCACAAUUUUGAUAUUAGCAGAAAGCUCGGCUUGGAAUGGCAGAAGCUGUCCGAAGAGGAAAAAUCGAAAUACUUCGAGGAGGCAAAACGCUUAAAAGAAGAACACAAACAGCUUUAUCCUGAUUACAAAUACCAACCAAGAAAACGUGAUAAAACAAACAAACGGAACAAGCUACUACACGGACCACCAUACCAGUUCAGUUUCUACCCGCAUGACACCGCGGGGUUUUUUGAUACGCGGUAUCACUACACCGUGGCUGAUGCGCGACCGUCCUUCCAUGCGGAAAGCCUACUACCGCAUCCAGAAUCCUCAGGAGGCAACGAAGAUAUCUCACACAGCGCUCACGCCAAGCCAACCCACACAGAGCACAACCCUCACAGUGUUAUUUACCAGAGCUUCCGACAAAACUAUGAUGGAUUUGUACCGUACAGAGGUUUAGACGCUCCAUACAUUCCACUCCGCCCUAAUUUCGAUUUCUCGCAUCUCAACUGGUACAGUCCGCCUUCUGCCCCAGGACGGGUCGGUCCCGUUUCUUACUGUAGCCGAAUGUACCCGUGGCAUGCCACAAGACAAGGUGACUUUCAUUCAUGA